UGUUACUACGGUUUUUUCGGAUAAUAGCAAAUCAAAACAAAUAACAAAUCAGAAGAAAGAACAAAUCAUGUCCCUAUUUCCAGCUUAUGGCAAUGCGGACAAGAAGGAUGUGGUAUCGUCUGAAAGAAAGAAAGAAUCCGGCAGUGAGGAUUGGAAAACAAAUCAGAGCUACGAUAAGGCGCAAUUGCCGACAACGAGUGCAGCAGCUCCCGCUAAAGAGAUUCAUUACUCUGACUCCGAUUCAUACGACUCUUCCCCUUCGGAUGCGGAAAUCCAGGAUGUUGAAACGCCCAAUCCUGUAGCCACAUGGCCACGUCUCGAAUUCGAUGGCAAAGAUGAGUUUUUCGUGGAUAAGAAAUGGAACAACAUUUACCGUGAAUGGGAAACAAUACCCCGAUUAUCGCAUCCCAUCUACAAGGUGACCAGGCGACAAUUGCGAAAUGUUGGCGGGGAAUGGUAUGCAAGAAGCCGGCGAAGAAGCAAACAAAACAAAACAUUGAGCUCGAAACGUUCCUCGCAGAGUUUGAAAGCUUCCAUUUCGGACAAGGAGAUCGACGAGACGCAUAUGAAAAUGAGAGAUUUAAUCACACUGGUAACCACCGAUGACAAGGCUCCUGUGGAUUCGUGGUUAGAGCUGAAUAAACUGCUCGAUAUGAAUUUGGAGAGAUUAACACAUUUUGCCAAAUCGGAACGGCAAAUGCAUUACUUGGAAAUGGCCCUGCAGGCACACGGUGACAAUGAGCAGCUGCUGCAAUGUUAUAUCAAUACGGCAAAUGUCACCUAUCCAGCCAGUCAAGUCGCCACACUUAUUGAACGUAUGCUAGAAACGAAUCCCUUCAAUUAUUCACUAUGGACUGCAUUGAUUAUGGCCACUCAGGGCACAAUGGCACGUUGCAAUGUGCCCGAUGUGUUGAAGAUCUACGAACGGAGCAUGCAGCGAAUGCAUCUUGGGCACAGUGAACGAGGCUUUAAGGCAACGAAAUCGAUAGAUUCGGUGGAUACAGAUGAUCGGAUGCUUAAGCUCUUUCAUAAUUGUGUCCUAUUCCUGCGUCAAGCAUCGCAUUGGAAUCAAAUGUUUGCUUUACUCAAAUUGGCUUUGGAGCUAAAUGUUCCUGGGCUGCAGUUUGAAUGUUUUGAGGCCUGUGCGGCUGACGAAGAGACAUUGGAUCAGUAUGAGGAAUUGGUCUUAAAAUCGGGCUUACCCAUGCCUCAGAUUUGGACACGUAUUGAACGUUUGCGGCAAUCCUAUCAUUUUCUACCGUAUCCACAAAUGCAGAUAAUGCCAGAGGAAGAUCUAUAUAGGGCUGGAUUGGAUGCCCAGCGUUAUGUCUAUAACAGUGAUAUAUGCCAGUUGAUGUAUCCAUUGAAAUCGGAAAGCAAUCGCUUGCAUUUGCUACUUUUGGCCGUACAAUUGGUCAAAAUGCCCUUCAUUCAUUGCAACGGACUGGCCCAGAGGCUGUGUGCCAAAAUCGAUCAAAUUGGCGAGUCGGAUGCCAUCGAAAUGUUACUAGCUGGUAUGGGGGAUCGCCUGAGCUAUGCUCUAACUAGACCAUUUGGCAAAGAGGACUAUGACAUUGCGCAAAUAGAGCUAGCCAAGGUGAUGUGUGUGACGCCCAGCUUUAUGCCCCAUACAAUUGGCCAUGAAUUUUAUGCCAAAAUGGUGAGCAAUUUGCUUCUUAAAUCAGCUGAAGCAUUCCCCGCCGAUGAGGAGAAACGACGUAUAUUUAUUAUAUUAUGGUUUCGAUUUGAGCGUGUACGUUUAAGUUUACAGAAAUUGAGCAACAAAUUUAUGGUAAAAUAUAUCAAGUUGGCUGGUCGAAGGAUGCGUCAUUUACUGUCCCAGGACACGAAUCGUGAAUCGGCCCGCUUUUACGCAGAAAUGGCCAUGUUUGAAUUCGAAACGUUUGCUCCGCAGGAGGACAUCGAAUCUGUGUUUCGCAUAUUUAGAAGCAUAAUCUCAUCACACGCUGAUUCCCACACGGAUAUGGAGAAAGGUGAUUUACUCUAUGUAUAUAUGAUCUAUGCCGAGAUGCUCAUCUCUCGCAAUCAAUAUGAUCAGGCACUACAGAUUCUGACCUGCAUAGCCCUAGAGCGUCAUGCCACCACCAACAGCACCACAAAUGUUGAAAUGGAAUCGAAUCUGGCCCUUACUGAAGGUGAGAGCCUGGUUAAAAUGGAGUUUCAAAAGUUUCUAGAUCAACCCAAAGAAAUGAAAUUGGAGGAGUAUUUCGUUAGCCAUAAAUGGUUAAUUUUAUUACGUGCUCGCUGUCUGCUAUUUCACCUAUUGGAUAAGGCCAACGAGGCAGGCAAACUAUUGCAGAAACUUCUCCGAAGUCACCUGAAAUUGGAUCAUUUUCAGCAGUAUCCACAUGAACGAAAGAAUUAUAUGCGAGAGCGAAUUCAAGAAUUGAGACUGACUCUCUCGCAGCUGCCCCACAAAAUGACUACUUCUUAUGGACUGGGUGGACAACUGGUGCCCAUUUUGGAGGAGGCUCUCAGUGAGUUUCCACGAAAUCAUUAUUUUCUCCGGGAAUGGGCUAACUUAUCCACCUUGCCAUGGUUUAGACUACGUUCUGUUCUCAUACGCACCAGAUCGGGCAUAUUAUCUCUACUUCAUGUGCUCACAGCUGCUCAGUGUCGUUUAGUUAUAUCCCCAGUGAUCCAGUCCAGCAAUUUCACUCCAGAGGAUCAAAUGCUACAAAAACUGCAAAAUGAAUACUAUGAAUCCGUAUGUCGUCAACGCAUUCUCAACAUGUUCGAAGCACUGCUGCCCAGUAAUCCGCAUCGCUCGGAUAAUCAGGCCAAACAAUAUGAAAUUUUGCGACGAAAUUCACUAUUUUGGCGUUGUUAUUUGCAAAUUCUCUCAGAUAAAUUGACCAGCUUUGCAUCGAGUCAUAAGUGCCUGCUGACCGCAUUGGACGAGUGUCCCUGGGACAAGGCCCUCUACAUGGAUGGCGCUGUCUGUGUUCCGCAGGAAUUUGAUCAUCUUCAAGAUGUUAUGACCGAAAAGGGUUUGCGUAUCUAUGCUCUGCCCGAUGAGAUUGAUGUCCUUAGAACAGCAGUACAAAAUUACCGUAAUUAGUUACAUCAUAGUGUAUAGAAUAGUCUCUACUUAUAAUGAUAAAUACAAGUUGGUGUACACAUAUCUUGUAGGAAA